AUGGGACGUGAUGUUGGCUACUCUAACCUGGACCGCGGCGGUUUCGCAUCUCUCACUACACAACCGUCGGCCAACGACAAUAUGUACGGAUACACCGCCCGCAACGAUUACCUGCGCAAUGACUCCGUUAAAAAUGUAGACGGCAAGGCGGACAUCCGAGGAGGGGACUACCGUCCUGGCGCUGGGCUUACCUACGGUUCCACGCUCAACUACGUGAACGGCGGCGAAGCUGCUAAGAGCGGCAGCGUUGCCUUUGACCCUUAUCGUAAGCCGAGUAUUUGGGAAGACUGCGCAACCUUCUCCCGUGAGGCGUCUAGUGACGUGCUGGGUCGGCACGAGCUGCAGAAGUUUGAGCACAACCCGUAUCGCAGUCGGUACCUGAACACCCCGGAAUGCGAGGGUCUGGUAACCAAGCACUGCCAACGUCUGCUACACUCAUACUACGGCCGCGCGGAUGCGCUGAGCACUUCUGCUGUCUCUGGGGUAUCUAAGAGUUUGACCUUCGACGAUGUGUGCGAAUCAGCCCUGACGUCCAGCGACCACCUGACCUCCAUCGCAACCUUGGCCAUUUUGGCGAGGUACCACAGGAUUGGUUACUUGCUGCCUCAGGUGGGCGACCCUGGGAGCUACACCGCCAAUAUAUACGCCCAUGUUCUGAACGUGCUACGGAUCAUCUACGCAGCUUCUGCAGCCGGGGUAGAGGCAGGAAAUAGGAACAAUGUGGACACUGCGCGUCGUUUUUUUGCACUUUUGGGGAGGGGUAUCUGGCAAACCACUCCUGACACCACGGACCCUUUCGCAUCUCUCGAUCGCCGGGUGGCGCAGCGUAUAUCGCUGCUCUAUGUGCUAUGUCUGCAUCUGCUAGACGUACUGCUGGCGAGCGAUUGCGAAUGUAUGGAAGAGCUACUCGCAGCGGAUGGCGAUGUUUACGAGACUCUCGGCUGCGUGGCAUGCUGCUUCGUUGAGCAUGCGGUCCGCCAUGGGGACCGCACGGCUCUGUCUGGGAACGACCUGCCGGAGGACCGAAUGGUUCCGAACAUCGGCGACCGUGGAACCAUUUUUUCCAAGCACUGGAGUGUGCUGAACGGCCUCCUGUCGCGAGGGGUGAAGUUUACCAACAGCGAAUUAUUGGUGAAGGGAGUGAAGGCACUGUGCAACGUGCUCGAAAGUUCCAACACAGGCAGAUCGCUUUUGCUGUGGGCUUACUGCGUCUACGUUCGCCUGUGCCCUGCCGAGCUGGCGCAGAACAAUCACUCCAUUCCCAGGAUUCUUUUCGAGUACAUGACUAAAUGUAGAAGCGUCCUGCAGCUACAGGCGAUCACCGGCGCGCUGUCGCUGUGUAUGCGGGACCCCGGCUUCGUGCGAUAUGCAGACGAGCGCAUGAAUCCGCAGAAGACAUUUGCUAUUUUUGUGUUGCACUCUUGCAACCUGAUCCACAACAAGAUGGACGACUUGGCGGUACCAAUUUUACAGAUGCUCCAUCAGCUAUUCGACGUGUGUCCCAAGACCCUCCCUGAUGUUGCCAACACGAUGUCAGGAACAACCGCCCUUAUUGAAAGGUAUUCCGACACCGUAGGUAAUGCGGUGGAGACGUUUCUGAACGUAGCUACUCUCAGCCUGGGACCCAUCCAAGUAAUAAUGGCCCUGAUAAUGCGACGGAUUCUGCUGCGUUGCGACGUGACCAAAUCGCUCAGUUCGGAUUUACGUUCCAAGUUCGUGAAGCACCUGAUUGCUGUGGUCGGUUUUAGGAAAAGCACCGGAGCUGCCGUUGGUGACGCCAUAGGGCUCGUCAGCAAGGUGGCCCUAAUGGACGCCUUUGUGCAGUCAGGCGGCAUGCCUGAAUUGAUGGCCGCCAUGAAGGACGUGAACGCAAAGCAGUUGCGCCUAGUGGCGCUGCAUUCCAGCAGCGUGUCGUGUGACUCGCUGCACAAGAUGUUGUGCGUCGGAGACAUCGCCACCAAGUUGGUGGCCUACGAUGCUCUGGCGGGAUACCGUGCCGACGGCAUGGACGCAGGAACCCUAGUGCUGUGCGCUCUAUGCAGCGUAGUGAAGAUGUCUCCCGAUGUGUCGAGUCUGUUGCGCGAGUACGCGUCGACCUAUGCCGGCAUGAGCGAGUACCACGGAACUGGUAGCCUAGCUAGUGAGGGCAAGUUUUUAAGGGCGCUAUCCGGGGACUCUAACAUGGCCGAUCCUACGCGCAGCAUGAGGGUAGCGGGACUGUUGUGCGUGCACUCGAUUGUCGCAUCGGUUUACAUGUCCAGCGAGCCGCCCAAGCAGACCCUCAUCCACGCGCUGCUGUGCCCUGAAGGUUCCACCCGUCAACAGCACCAGGAGUUGGUGGAGAAGUACAAGGCGCAGCUGGCGUCUCAUCGCAGGGAGGUUCAGAGGAGCCAUGCCCGUCUCGACGCGCAGGCGCGUGAGCUACAGCAGCAUAAGGAAUCUGCCACUAAACAGCUGGAGCAGCUCCGUGAAGAGUACGCGGGGAAAGUGGACCGUUCAAAAGCUGAGCUGGCUGCAGCUCAGAGCCAACUAACGGCAGCAUCAUUGCAGUCCCAGCAGUUAGACCGUGAGUGCGUGAGGCUUCGCGCACAGGUCAGCGACCUGGACCAGGCGCUUCGUAAAAUAUCUUCCGAGCAGGCUCAAGCAAAUGACCAACUCAGGGAGGCUGCAUCUCACCGCGAACGGCUGAAGAACGAAGUUUCAGGGCUACAAGGACAGCUGGAGCAGCGGGACAGGACGAUUGAGCAGUUGCGUACUGUGGAGACUGAUAACGGCCGGUUGAACCAGGAGGUUGGCGAGCUCAACGCGCAAGUCGAGCGCGUGUAUCGCAUGCUUAUAUCGCUAAUGUCCAAGCACCGUCAGGUCGAGGCAGAUCUGGCUCGGAGCAAGGAGGAUGCGGCGCAAAACAGCCGCCAGCUACAUGAGAGGCAACUUCAGGUCGAGGACCUCUCGAAUCGCUGCCGCAACCAUGAAAAUACCAUAAAUACACUAAGAGUAGCCAAGGAAGGCACUGAAGGAGAGGUUCACCGCCUAGGUCGCGAGCUGCAGGCGCUGGAGAGCCGCUUGGGGAAAUCCACCGAGGAGCUGAGCGUGCUGCAGGGUCGCUACGCCCAGACCUCCCAGGCUCUGCAGGCCUGCGAGGAGCAGAAUCGUCGCCUCGCCGAGCAGUUGGACCGUUGCGAAAUGCAACUCCGCCAGCGCGGCGAGCAACUGUCCACCAUCUACUCGACAUUCCAGGACAAGAAGCCCUACUAG